GUAUAUUGUUCGCGAAUUCGACGCAUGGCCUGUCCUUCAACCGCCGCUUUCCUUCUAGGCCGUGCGUUGAUAACAUCGUCUUGAACCACAAUCCCCUUUGGAACUUCAUCGUUCUCGCUAUCUUCCUCUGCAUCUAUAGUCAUUUGCUGAGUUUACUCUAGAUUUCUCUCGAAUUUCAAAGGGAAUCAAACGCUGAACGGGUCGAUGUACCGAUGAUUGUUUUCCGGCUUUCGACAGCACCUUCAACCUCUAACACUCUUCCUAUUCUCCACUGCGUACGUGGAGCAGGUUUGUCAUCUUUGAUUAGAACAACGUCGUCUACCGUGAUAUUGUUGUCGUUAUUACUUUUGACCUUUCGGUAUAGAUUCGUUUGACGAAGUUCGUUCAGGUAUAAUUCGUGCGAAAACGCUUCCAAAAAUCCUUUAGUACCUUUCGUAAAUGCCACAACCGUUGUUUGCAACUAUCUAAACUAGAGAUUGCUACACAGUCUACCGAUCUGAAUUGCUUUCCCGUAGAAACACUGCGACCGUACAUUAAGUGAAAUGGUGUCAGCUCUUCGUCCAAAUCAUCUUCGCUUACGUAGGCCAAUGGUCGAUUGUUUACCGCGACUUCGAUAUCACGCAGAAUAGUCUGGAGCUCUUCAAAUGUCACAAACGCUUUACCUAGAGUUUUCUUAAGACAUGCUUUUACCGUUCUAACUAGUCGCUCGUAGAAUCCUCCCCACCAUGGCGAUGCUGGUAAGAUAAAACGUUGCCUAACGCCUUGAAGUAACAUGAACUUCUUCACUUCGGAUGACUGGAAGGUUUUAAAGUUGUCGCUGAUUACGAGCUCGGGAACACCUCGACGUGAUACGAAUCGCUUAAAUCCCCGCAAGAAUCCAUGUGUAGACAUGUCCGGUACUAGCUCCAAAUGAAUGGCUCGACUCGAAGCACACGUAAGCCAAAGGAUAUAACACUUGUUACUCUUUGAUCCAUCUUUAAUAAAUAAAGGUCCCGCAAAGUCGAGUCCGGUGAACUGAAACGCGUACGCCAUAUGAUCCACUCUGUAUUCCGGUAAAUCUUGGCUAGAAGGCGCCCGCACAGGUUGACCUUGAUAACGCGUACAAAUUACACACUUUCGAAUUACUUCUUUAACGCUUUUCCUCCCCUUAAUGAUCCAGUAGUUCCUUCGAAUUCGUGCCAGCGUUGUCUCAAUACCGUGAUGCAUUGUAGCUUCAUGCGCAUCCAAAAUAAUUAGACGAGUAAAGUAACUACUGUCCUUGCUACGAAGUAUUAAUAACCGGGUGUUGUUCCUCGUACUCUAAAGAUGAAUUUGCAAACCGUCCCUUUAAACGCAUAAGUCCAACCUUGUCUUCGAACAACCGCAGUGAAGCACAAAGAUUAGUAUAGUUUGCUUGUUCUUUCAUCAGUAUCUGCUCCUCCUUUAUCCACAUCUCUAAAGCUUUAUUAUAUUCAUCGACUGUCAGUACACUAUCAUUGACGAUAUCACCAUCUACUUUUCUCACUCGCUUCUUUAAAUUGUUCACAAAUCGCAUUACGUAGCCAGUUGUUAGUAGCAUUUUCUUCAAUGAGCUGUAUCGAGUGCAAUCAAUGACAGCACUAAUUGAACAUCUGCUGUUGUUAGUCGUGCCCUUCUCUGUCGUGUUACUGAAGUUGACAACUUCAGUAGGAACUUCUACAUCAACCCUCCCAACCAAAGAGUUUUCGUUACCACAACUAGCUUUUACCCUGUCAACUUCCAACUCCUGUGACCACAACAUCAAAGGUCCCUUAAACCAACAACCCGAAAAAGAAUCUUUUAAAUUUGAAGACAGUCGAGUAGGGAUAUCGGCAGGAUUUACCUCACCCCUAACAAAAUGCCACUUCUCACGAUCCACCACUUUCCUUAUAGCCACAACCCUAUUCUCAAUCCAAGGCUCCCAACUCUUCUCUUUCCCAUUAACCCAACAAAGAGCAACCUCGGAAUCAGUCCAACAGAAUAUAUCAUGCAAAUUAAUUCGGUUUUCAACUCCUAUGAGUACUUCACGAAUUAAUUUGCUAAGGAGUAAGCACCCCCAAGAGUUCUAACCGAGGAAUCGUGAGUGUUUUUAAGGGAGCUACCUUAGUUUUUGAAGCUAAAAAACAUACAUGGACCGCGCCCUGAUAGACGAGCCGUAGGUAGACAACCGCACAGUAAACUUCUUUAGAGCUAUCACAAAAACCAUGAAGCUCUAUACGACUACCGGAGGACAAAUUAGAUGUAAACACAAACCGACUAUGCCGUACUUCCGCGAGCUGUUUUAACCGGCUUCAGAUAAAAUUGCCUUCUAUCAUAUAGGGCUUUACCCUCCUCAAGUUUAUUACAGCCACUAACCAAAUCAUCAACAUAAAGAUCAUCUAUAACUCGCUGUGCUAUUUCUCUUUCUUUCUCUAAGUAAUUACUGAGGUGAUGUCGUAUUGUCCCAUUCAAUAAGAAUGGACUACUUGUAAUUCCGAAAACUACUCUUAAAAACCUGUAAGUUACUACCUGCUCAUCCUCAGUUUGCAAAUCAUACCACAAAAAUCUAAGGUAGUCUCUAUGCUGUGCAUCUAUACCAACAUUUAGAAAAGCUUGUUUUAUGUCAGCUAAUACCCCAAUCUUAUUCAAUCUAAACCUAAGUAAAAUGUCAAAAAUCUUAGCUAUCAGGUUAGGACCUGAAUAAAGGCAUUCAUUUAAGAAGGACCACUGACUUUACAUGAGGCAUCAAAUACUGCACGUAUUUUGGUAGUCUGUUUAUCAUUACGUAUAACCGGCCUAUGGGGAAGGUAGUGUACUUGCCCUGUUUCCCUUGCAACCUCAGCUGAUGAAACACGCUCUAUUAUACCGUUUUCUUCGUACUCCGAGAAUAUUUGAUUGUACUCAUGCAAAAUGUUACUCGCAACCAACUUAUUCUUUAGUGAUUUAAGCCGUCCUUCACAAACCUUAAAAUUGUCAGGGAGCACCUCAUGAUCAGGUUUAAAUGGUAAUUUUGUGAUGUACCUAGUUCCGUCAUGAAUAAUGUCAUUUUCGAAUUGGUCAACAACACUGUCAGUUUUAGUGCCUAUGCUCUCCACAUUCCAAAACUUAUCCAGUUCUUGCCGUAAGCUUAUGUCUGACUCUGACUGCUCCACCAAAGCACGUAGCAAAUGCAUUUCAAAACAAUGCAUAUCUGAUGCACUUGAGCCAAUUCGACCACUAAGUACCCAUCCCACUCUAGUUUUACAUGCAACAGGGCCUAAUUUACUUCUUAUAACCUUACCAGUUAUAAAGACAUGGUAAAAAUCGAUGCCAAUCAAAAUGCCGACCAGAAGAUUUUGGUGUUGCUUGUGCUCAAAGUCAGCAAAUUCCAACCUGCAAAUUCUGGUAAUUGAUGCACACUUGACAGGGGCUGAUGUGUCAGCGGACUACAUAUGGUUGGGAGACAUAGGGCUUCUACAAAUGUAAAUCUAGCAUCACCUUUAUUUCUAAACUUAAGUUGAACUACAUCAAGUUCCUGUACCUCACUACUCUCAGCCUGCCCAAAGGUUUUGAUUACAACUUUCUCCACUCUAAUUGCCUUCAAUUUCAGUGUACUUCUAACCUUGUCAGAUAUAUACGACCUCUGACUGCCACUGUCAAAUAAAAUUCUAGUCUAGACGUGCACACUGUCAUCUGUAGGUAAUAUAUCCGCUAUAGCUGUCUGCAAUAGUAUACCGCUUUUAUCACAGCAUGUACCACAAAACCCUUGUUAUCAUUAGUUGUUGCGUUCUUAUCUUCCUCCCGAUUUAUACCUGGGGAUCUGCUGGUGUAUGUUCGCAUUUGGAUAUAUGGUGCUUGCCAGUCUUACACUUCCUACAUAAGUAAUGGGACUUACAAUUUUUGGCAAUAUGUCCAGUAUCUAAGCAUAUACAACACCGCUUUGUCUCUACGGAGAAUGGCCUUUCGGGAUUGGCAAUUCGAAACACUACUGCAUUUGGAUGAUGAAUGUCCCUCCUUGCCACAAUACACGCAUGCAACCUUAUUGGUCUGACCAAACAAACCACUAGUAGUAUAAUAUCCCCCCUUCCUUUGGGAUUCUUUCUGGAUAGAUCUAUUCGAAGUGGAUGCACUACAAUUCUCUUGCGCUCGAAGCUCACUAUUAAAAUAUUCCAUGACUUUAUCAAGUGUCCAGAACUCCUCGCCAAAUUUUCUGGAAAUAAUCAUGGUAAUUUCGUCAGGCAAUCUAUCUUUUAAGAUUGGAAUUAGCAAUGAGCCGUAACCAGAUGUGUCAAGUUUAAGGGAUUUCAAAUUUCUUACACAACUCUCUACAUGAUUAUAAAGCAUCCUUAGCUCUUUAAUAUUAUCCCUAGAUGCUAUCUUACUGAUCCUCAAUAGUGACUCCAUGUGAGCAGAUAUUAAGAUUUGUUCAUUUCCAAAUCUGCCUUUCAAAAUUUCUAUUGCUUCCUGAUAGUUUUCUGAGUUCAAAGUUAAACUGAUACAGCAGAUAAACUUUCCCCUUUCAAACAUCCCUUUGGGUAAUUAAAUUUGUCUAUGUCACUUAUACGUGUGUUACUAUGAAUUGCUACUCGGAAUUGGUCCCCAAACCCUUGCCAUGCCAGUGGAUCUCCUGAAAACUCUGGUAAUUGCAUUUUAGGUAAUCUACAAUGCACUGCGCUGCCCUGCGCCUGAACGUUAUUACCAUCUGAAGCGCCUAAGGUAUUCAUUGGCUUCGUACUUUGAUUAAACGCGCAGCUAGCCUUAAGUCUACUUUCGCCAAAACAUGAUAGCUGGGUUCUAACGCUUUCAUAUGUUCGACAACUGCAGCCUCUAUGUUUUUUGGAUCAAGCAUGUUAAUAAUUUCAUUAUGAACAACGGCCAAUUGUUCAAGAAUACUCGAAACAGUAUUUCUCAACCCCAAAAUUUUCGCUUGCUCACAGUCUUCAGAAGAACAUAUUGGUCUAGUUCUUGUAAAAGAAUUUUUAAAUAAGCUGAAAGACCGGCAAGUCUACCUUUAACUUUGCCUAAAUCAGUCGCCAUCCUAACUUACUAUAUACCGAGCAUGUGGUCACUAGACAAGACGACAAUUAAACAACAAAUAUACACUAAAAACACAAACAAUUACAACACUCUUUAAAUCUUAAGAAUUCACCAACAAAGCAUGUUGACAAUAAAAGUAAGACUGCAUCGCCGCCAAUGCAGCCCUUGAUGUUUCAAAUGAAUAAUAUUGAGGAUUUAAUCAACUUGUCUAAAAUUAACGAUCUAUGUGAUAUUGAAAUCGAUGUCUUGGGCGAUGCAUCCAAAUCUGAUGAUAUGCUUCUAAGUCCAAAUAAUUCUACUAUAAAGGAACUUGAGGCCUUUAUUGACAAGUCUUUCUAUAGCGCCUCUGUCGAGCUAUCUAAUCCUGUCCAGCCGACGGACUUCUCUACUCUAGCGCAAAGACGCUCUGAAGAAAACCUGCCUAAACCCGAAGCUCAAUUUCUAACAUUUAAAGAAAACGUUGAAACUCGGCUGCAAGUUUUGUCGUACAAACUCUUUGAACAGAAUAAUACCAUAAAUAUAAAUAAACAAGAGCUAUGCAAAUUGACCUGCAAAAAUUUACAUCUUAAAUCACGUAUCUCGGAGUUGGAGGGGAGAUUGUCGCCAAAGAAUACAACGAAUGGGAGUAGUGACCUGAGCCCGUGUGAAAAAAUAGUUAAAGGAAAUAAUAUCUUAACUGCGAAUAUAGAUGCUUGUGCUAUUUCUAGUCGCCUUUCGCCUGGAACAACUGCAUAUGUCGAUGACAGCGAUGAAUAUGCUAUCUCAACUGCGAAUGCCGAUGCUUGUGCUGUUCCUAGUGACAGUCCACCCGGAAAAAGUGCGCAUGCUGAUGACGCUUCGGCCCCUAUAAGUCAACAGUGUGGUGAAGAUAACAGCGGAGAAUAUGAUAAAGAGACUUUGAACCGGACUGACAAUAUCGUCAACCCAGAACGCACAAAAAAGCUCGUAAAGCCCGCCAUAAUGUGCAAUAGUAAGUCAACGAUAUGUCAACAGAAAAUGUAUGGGAAAUCCCCUCUUCAGGAUCGGACAAUGCCACAAGAUUGGUUAAAUUAUCUCCCUUUUGUAGAAACCGGUCAAGAGGAAAAUGUUAAUUCGAAUGUUUCGAUGCAACUAGAUUAUAAUCUUACGAGAGAGAAUCCGGUAGAAACGCUACCAUUGACUAAGAUGUCACCUCGGACUAGCUCUCAUAAUAAUACCAACGUUAUUCCCGAUGAAGUUCUACACACGCCUAUUGCGUUACUGGGCGCUGAUUCUAGUAAUGUGUGCAUGGAAGAUCAGUUAAAAGCAUAUCGACGCAAACAUCAAACGGUAAACCGCAUCAAGCAAUGUCCAAAUCCCAUGCAACCCAAAAAGGUUACGUUUUUUAAAGAACAAUCAAAACCAUACUGUG